AUGCCAGCCAGGCACUUCCAUUCAACCAAGAUCCAUCCAACGAAGGGCUCGUCUUUGACUUCAUCCGUCAUCAAAUUCAUCAAAUACAUUGCAAUAGCCAGUGCGGUUAGUAUACCAGGAAUUUCGUGGCUGAGAGCUACACAUGAUGAAGUACCCCAUCUGGAGAGUUCUCUAGCCUGGGGUUCAAGCAUCGAACCCGGUCCUUCUGAGGAGGAAGUGACCCGUAUCAUAUCUCAGGGAGCAUUUUCUUUCCCCGUUCGAAAUGUCGGCGUCGUCGCUCGAUACGACGGCGCUCAGCUACCAUCAAAUAGCCCCUGCGAGGAUCGAUUUAUCCAUGGCAAAUUCCCUUCGCCGUGGAAUAACGAUCAUUGGAUGGUCUGGGCUAUUUUCGACGGGCACGCAGGUUGGCAGACAGCAGAACUACUGAGCAAACGGCUCCUUUCUUUCGUACGACACAGCUUGACUCAAGCCAAUUUCGCCUCGAAGCACGAAUAUGUCCCUGAUCAGGUAGUUCAACACGCCAUCAUAAAGGGCUUCACAGACCUCGACGAUUCUAUUAUCCAGACUGCCCUGGAUACCUCUCAAAGCCAAGAGCCGCUGCAAAACAAGGUGAGGAAAUUAGUUACCGCGUACUCUGGCUCAUGUGCCAUAUUAUCCAUGUAUGAUCCUACAGCAAACACAUUACACGUGGCGUGUACUGGCGAUUCAAGAGCAGUUUUGGGACACAAGGGCCAAGACGGCAAAUGGGAAGCGAUACCGUUGUCAUUCGAUCAAACUGGCAGCAACAAAGAAGAAAUUGUCAGAUUGGAAAAAGAGCAUCCAGGAGAAGAAAAUAUAGUCCAAGGUGGACGAGUGCUGGGAAUGAUGGUCUCACGGGCGUUUGGAGACGGUCGCUGGAAGUGGCCUCUAAAAUUUCAAGAAGAUAUAAGACGGAGAUUCUAUGGUCCAGCACCAUUGACUCCCAAGUAUGAUGUCCGAACGCCGCCAUAUCUAACUGCUGAGCCUGUCGUGACAUCGACCAAGAUUGACUCCAAUGGCCCUUCUUUCUUGAUUCUAGCAUCCGAUGGCAUGUGGGAUAUGCUCUCCAAUCAGCAAGCUGUUGGUCUUGUGGGGAAAUGGCUGGAAUUUCGAGCGGGAAAGCGCACCAGUGAACCGGAGCCAACACAAGAACCAUUCGACUUCGGUCAGUUUUGGAAAGGAGUGAACUGGAGAUUUGUCGAGGAGAGAACAAUUGUUCAAGAUGACAACGCUGCUGUGCAUUUAGUGCGUAAUGCCUUGGGAGGGAAUCAUCAUGAGCUGAUUUCAGGCAGGCUUGCCUUUGACGCUCCAUUUUCACGAGGCCUACGAGAUGAUAUGACGGUGCAGGUAGUGUUCUUUAACAUCACAAGAGAGAGAAAAUAA